AUCCUCAUCCUCACUAGACCCCAUCGGCAGUAUUGUGUGCAGUGCAACGAACAAAGACGCACAUCCUUGCGGCUUUGACCGCUCGCAAAGCGACAACGGCGACGGCAGGAUGCCACCGCGCUUCGGUAUCGCCGCGCCUAAGUGCGCGCGGUGCGAUAAGUCGGUCUACCAAGCCGAGCAAGUCAUCGGCCCAGCCGCUAAGCCGUACCACAAAUCAUGCUUGACAUGCAUGGCAUGCGGUAAGCGACUCGACAGCACGCUACUGCUAGAGCACGAGGGUGAGGCGUACUGCAAAAACUGCCACAAGGCGCACCUGGGCCAGGGCAAGGGUGGAUUCGCGACCGCAGUGCCGCUCAAGGCAUCCAUCCCGCGCAGCCCGCCGGCUUCAGCAGCGUCCGGUGGCGCCGCGUAUGGCAGUCCGAGCUUUGCGAGCGCCGCAGGCGCCGCUGUUCCACGCUGGGCGGGAGUGGCUGAAGGUGACUGGGUUGCGAGCGCUGGGAACCGCUCGCCGACGCGCGCAAUCGCGUCAUCCAGGGUAUCCUCGCCACCAAAGCUACCUGGGCGCGUCAUUAUGGACGAACUUCCUUUGAGUUCCGCGCAGGACGCCUCCGAUUCCAUGCUCAACCUCGCCGAUGAGAUUUCUGAAAUCAGAAUUUCCUCCCGGGAGCCGAAGCGCGAAAGCACGGGCCGAUACGAGGCAUCUUCGUAUUUGAGCGAUGGCGGCUACAGAGAUAGCCAAGCUGUGCAUUCCAUCGACGACGCCAUCGCCUCUGGUGCCACGCCCAAGAUUUUCUCGCGAAGCUCGGAAACGACGGGCGCAUCGAGGUCGGCAGGAAUGGCGCCCCUGUCCCCGAAGCCGGCACUACCCAUCCCCAGCAAGUAUACCAUGCCCCCCACAGUCGCGCCUGUGCGCACUCCUCUUCCCGAGCUGGCUUCACCAGCGCCAGUGCGAGCGCAGCUACAAGAGCCGACCAGCUUUCCAGUCUAUCGCGCCGGUGCGGAUGUCGACUCGCCGAGAUUGAACGACCCGUUCUACGAGCCGUCUGCAGCAGAGGUCAUUGCGGCGGUGCGCGCAGGCAGGGUUCCAGGUUCGCCUCACAAGGCGGGCGUGUCCAGUUUCGACGGUUCGCAGUCGCCUCUUCGUUCAGCUUCCCCUUGCAAGGCCCAAGAGGCGGAGAGUGUCACGCGAGCGAUCAUCGGGAGCGUGCCUGCUCCGCCAUCGUACAGCUCACCGGCAGCUGCAUCCGCGACAGCAAGUGGCCCUUCUCGGCUUAUUAGGCCUGUGACUCCGCCGCAGCAAAAAAGCCACAGCGCAACGUAUUCGCCCGAGCCCCGAGCCUCGAGCACUCCCUCUCGGACUGCUACCGGCGGGGCUGCCUCGGGACCCCGGCUGCCCUCGCCAACGAGGCCGGACAUGAAGCGCUUCCGUGAUGCGGCCAUCAAGACUGCACCUAUGCAUCACUGUGAUGCUCCUGCGCCCGCGUCAACGACGCCCAAGCAGCAGCAGCCGCAACAAGUCCAUGGCGUCUCGAGCCCAUCUGCCACGAGCGGAGCCACAACGUCGUCGCCAAGCUUUUCAGCUGGGAUCAACCGCCUCGGCCUGUCAUCGUCCAUCGCGACCGCCUCUGCCGCACGAUCCGGCACGCCGCUGUGCGCACGCUGCGACAAACCGGUCUACUUUGCCGAGCAGCUGCAGGCAUCGGGCAGAAAGUGGCAUCGUGGCUGCCUGCGGUGCGACGGUUGCAACACCAGCUUGGACCCAGGCAAGCUGGAAGAGGGACCGACGGAUCAGGUGGCAAAGGGAUGCAACACGUGGUGCCGCACUUGCUAUGCCAAGUACUUUGGUCCAAAGGGUAUCAAGGUCGGCAUGUCUCUGCCGGAAGGCCUGCCGCGUUCGUGAGCCAGCUCUCCAGUUUCUGACAUUUUCCACAAGGUGCUCGUAUUAAAUUUCAGUUUCGGAAGCGCAGCGCCACCUUGGCAUGCGUGCUGGAUCGCUUCUUUUUCAAUGCUCUUUUUGCUAUUUUGCGCCCUUUGCCUUUUCUCUGCAAGCUCGACUGCUGACUGCUCCCUGCUGUAUGCCGCCGCUGUUUUCCAAUCACCCACCAACCAUGUAUUGUAGGACCAUGCGAGUGAGAACAUGG